CCCUGGCACACCAGAGUCGGUAGAGGUGGAGCGCCGGCAGCGCGGCGAGCGAUGAAGCCUUGGAGGAACAGAACUGAACCGCCCCGGCCCGCCGCGCAUCGCUCCCCGCCUCCGCCGCCGCUCUGGCCAUCGCCUGAGUCACGGCGGGAACUGUAAGAGGGAGAACGCCGGCUCCACAGCAGUUGUUUACAGCGGAAUACGGACAGUGAGAUAAGUGACACCGAGUGCCAAAGGAAGUGAUUCCCGGCGUCGGCCUUUGCUGAAAGGCCCUUUCUCCUGGGGAGUCUCUUGUGUCCAGCUAAGGCCCGGCGUGCAAUUCGGAUAGAAGACGAACCCAUGGCAAGUAAGAGACUCUGCCAAACCUUAAAGCAGUUGACAUUUCUUUUGAUCCCUGGAUUACCUUCCAGGACAGUGAAUAAACUUAAUUAAGAAUGUCUGAAAACCUUGACCAGUCUAACAUAAAUGAAGCAGGAAAAUCAAAUGAUUCUGAGCAAGACCUCGGAGGAGCUGUGGAAGGUUCUGAUGAAGCUUUAGAGAAAAGAAUAAAGCCGGGCUCUCCUAGCCCCCAAAGAGUGCAAAGACCUCACUCUAGUCCUCCUCGAUUUGUGACAGUAGAAGAGCUCCUGGAGACAGCAAAAGGAGUCACUAACAUGGCUCUAGCCCAUGAAAUCGCAGUAAAUGGAGAAUUUCGGAUUAAACCAGUUGAAUUACCAGAAGACAGCUUGGAGAAGAGAGUAAAGGAUAUUGUACAUAAAGCUUUUUGGGAUUGUUUGAGUACCCAGCUAAGUGAAGACCCCCCAACAUAUGACCAUGCCAUCAAACUGGUAGGAGAGAUCAAACAGACACUCUUAUCUUUCUUGCUGCCCGGUCACACUAGACUGAGAAACCAGAUAACAGAAGUCUUGGAUCUGGACUUGAUCAAGCAGGAAGCAGAAAAUGGGGCCCUGGACAUUUCCAAGCUGGCAGAAUUCAUUAUUGGCAUGAUGGGGACACUGUGUGCACCUGCUCGAGAUGAGGAAGUAAAGAAACUGAAGGACAUUAAGGAAAUAGUGCCUCUUUUCAGGGCAAUUUUUUCUGUGUUAGACCUAAUGAAAGUGGACAUGGCGAACUUUGCUGUCACUAGCAUUAGGCCACAUCUCAUGCAGCAGUCAGUUGAAUAUGAAAGGAAGAAGUUUCAAGAGCUUUUGGAGAAGCAGCCAAUUGUAUUUUUCACAGAUUCCUUGGACUUUGUCACUCAGUGGCUAGAAGAAGCCUCAGAUGACCUUAUGAAUCAGAAGUAUAAAAAUUCCCUGCCAGCUGCGGGAGGAGCUGCUGGCUCUGGAGAUGCAACCAUGCUGAGUCCUGUUGCUGUCCAGAAUUAUGCAUACCUGAAGCUUCUGAAAUGGGACCACCUCCAGAGACCUUUCCCUGAAACAGUUUUGAUGGACCAGUCUCGCUUUCAAGAGCUCCAGCUCCAGCUGGAGCAACUUACCAUCCUGGGGGCUGUGUUGCUGGUCACGUUCAACAUGGCAGCCCCAGGAAUUUCCAGCCAGGCUGAUUUUGCUGAGAAACUCAAGAUGAUUGUCAAGAUUCUGCUAACAGAUAUGCAUCUUCCCUCCUUCCAUCUGAAGGAUGCCCUGACUACCAUUGGGGAGAAAGUCUGUGUGGAGGUGAGCAGCUGCCUUUCCCUGUGUGGGUUCACCCCCUUCACCACAGACCAGGAGACCGUGCUCAAGGGUCAGAUCCAGGCCGUGGCCAGUCCCGAGGACCCCAUUCGCAGGAUCAUGGAUUCCCGAAUCCUGACCUUCUUAGAAACCUACCUUGCCUCAGGGCAUCAGAAGCCAUUUCCCACAGUACCUGGCGGAUUGGGUCCAAUUCAGAAAGAGCUGGAGGAAGUUGCUGUUAAAUUUGUUCGCCUGGUCAACUAUAACAAGAUGGUCUUCAGUCCCUACUAUGAUGCAAUCCUCAGUAAGAGCCUUGUCAGAUCCUAACCCGUAUGCUCCUUAUAGCAGUAUUAUUCACUAGGCUCAGAAUACCUGUUCCCAACUGUAGUGUUGCUUUGGAAAAUGACUGUUUAGUACAUUUCUAUUUAAUGGCACUGAUUCCGAAGGGAAGAAUAGUGUGUAUCAGUGUUGAAAAGACGUAUUGAAAUAUGCACUGAAUUCUAUUUUGUGGGGUUGUAUUUAUGAGUGCAAGUUUACAAAUCAAAGAAGCUUUUUGUUAUCUUGAGUUUUAUAGGUAACACUCAGCUUUCAACCAGUUGACUACCUAUGUGUCUUCACUCCCUACUCUUACACUGAUUGUAGCAGCCAUGUCUCUCCAGGAAUACUGGGACCUCUCUCUUCUGCAAUCUGGAUAGAUAUUCUUUCAGAUACCUUAUACUGACAGCCACCCAAGAGUAAAUCCAAGCCAUGACUUUUGCUCCUCUCUUGCACGGCCCUCCAUUCCUCAUCCCUCUGGAUAUUUUGUGUUUGAAGGGCUAUCCAGUCUUAAUGCUCUUUUUUUUUGUCCUUUCUAUUUAGUGCUUCCUCUCUGCCUAGACUAGCCAAGACCCCAGAGCUUGUGCUGAUUCUUUUGUCCUAGAGGAGAAUUAUUUGAUUUAUAAAAAGUUUGUUCUUUUAUACAGAAUGACUCCUGAGCCUGUAUGGUUGCAGUUAUGACUUAGCAGUUAUGACUUAUGGGAUCUAGAGAAAGGAAAUUCUUUGACUUUUAAGCAUUGAAAGUUAAUGCGGAAGCUUUUAAAUAUAUGUAUAUAUACGUUGUUUUUGUUGUUAGGUGCCAUCAAGUCAGUUCCGACUCAUAGCGACCCUAUGUAUAAUAGAAUGAAACACUGCCUGGUCCUGCACCAU